GAUGCCGUCUUUGCGCUUUUGCGGGAGGAGUUGGCGCAAGCUGUGGAUUCUAUCUUUUGUGCUCUUGUGGGAAAAUAUCGAAGCCCAAAUACGCUACAGCAUCCCGGAGGAGUUAAAAGAGGGAUCGGUUGUAGGGAAUAUCGCAAAGGAUCUUGGUCUGGAUGUAUCAGAGAUAACAAGCCGCAAAUUACGGAUAGCCUCUGAAUCUGGUGAGCAAUAUUUCACCGUGGAUUUGGCUAAGGGUGAGUUGGUGGUGAAUGAGAAAAUAGACAGAGAGAAGCUAUGUGGACAAACCACUGCGUGUGUGUUGCCAUUACGAGUUGUUGUCGAGAACCCGUUACAGUUACACGGAAUAGAGAUAGACAUUCAAGACAUUAAUGACAAUGCCCCGGAGUUCCACGCGAAAGAGAGUGUACUGAAAAUCUACGAGUCUGUAUCACCAGGUAAAAGAUUUCUGCUUGAAAAAGCCACUGACCCCGACGUCGGCACUAAUAGUUUAAAAUCAUAUAAAUUAAGCAACAAUGAAUACUUCCGGUUAAAUGUGAAGGAAUUAAAAGGUGGCGUAAAAAUCCCUGAACUGAUAGUGGAAAAGCCUUUAGACAGAGAAACUAAGUCAAUACACCGCCUUGUUCUAACUGCUUUGGAUGGUGGUACACCAGCAAAAUCAGGCACAACGCUUGUGCUGGUAACAGUACAAGAUAACAAUGACAAUGAGCCAAGAUUUGAGCUGCCAGUAUACAAGGCUUCUGUGCAGGAAAAUGCAAAACCUGGGCAUGUUGUCAUCAGAGUGACAGCAGCUGACUUGGAUGAGGGUCUAAAUGGUGAAAUAGGGUAUUCAUUCCAUGAACACACUCCGGAUAGCAUUACCAAGACAUUUUCAAUAGAUCCAGAAACUGGUGAAAUCUCGGUAAUAGCAGCUUUAGACUAUGAGGAGAGUAAAUCUUACACUUUCGAUCUCAUUGCGAAAGACAAAGGAAUGCCGGAACUGGAGGGUAAUGCAGCUGUCCAUAUAGAUGUCUUAGAUGAAAAUGAUAACGCUCCAGAUAUAAUGUUAACUUCAUUACCAAGCCCAGUCGAAGAGAACGCACCGAUAGGCACGGUCGUGGCUCUACUCAAUGUGAAAGAUUUGGACUCUGGUGACAAUGGCAAAGUGGAACUGGUGGUGUCACCUGGUUCUCCGUUCACAUUAAAACCUUCUUUAGAUAAACACUAUUCUUUAGUGACUGCUGCCCUGUUAGACCGCGAGGAUACUCCUGAGUACAGUGUCGAAAUCACUGCAUCAGAUUCAGGAAGUCCUGCUAUGAAAACUAGUAAAAUUAUAAAAGUAGAAAUUCUUGACGUGAAUGAUAACCCGCCAGUUUUCUCACAGUCUGCAUAUAACGUGUUUCUGAGGGAGAAUAACCCGGCUGGGUCAUCUGUGUUCUCCAUAACUGCCACAGACAAAGACCAAGACAAGAAUGCAAAGCUAAUCUAUUCCAUUGCAGACACGAAAUUCCAGGAUAUCCCUGCCUCGUCUUACUUUUAUAUCAAUGCAGAAAACGGGACCAUAUAUAGCAUGAAUUCAUUUGAUUAUGAAAAGCUAAAAUUAUUCCAAAUCACAAUAAAAGCUACAGAUCAGGGUUCUCCACCGUUGAGCAGCAAUGCCACAGUCCACGUGUUUAUUUCAGACCAGAACGAUAAUGUCCCCGUUGUCAUUUACCCCUCCGCGAGCAUGGGCUCUGUGUCUCACCAGAGGAUGCCCCGCUCUGCUAAAAUGGGGCACCUCGUUACCAAGGUAACAGCUGUGGACGCAGACUCGGGCCACAACGCCUGGAUUUCCUAUAGACUGGCGGAAGCUACAGACUCGUCUCUGUUCGCUGUCAAUCUUUACACUGGAGAGGUGAGGACUAAACGCUCUGUUUCAGAGCAGGAUGACGCCUCUCAGAGACUGCUCAUAGAGAUCAAGGACAAUGGAGAGCCAGUGCAGUCCACCACAGUCACAGUGGACAUACUCAUAGAGGACGGACUGCACGAACCCGUCUCUGAUUUCAGACACAAAGCCUCAGAAAAAGACAAGAAAAACAGUAAAAUCACAUUCUAUUUGAUCUUAUCUUUAGCUUCGGUGUCAGUAUUGUCUUUAUUAACGUUUUUCAUCUUACUUAUUAAAUGUGCAAGAAACAGCAGAGGCAAUGCAAGCUGUUUUAGAAGAGAUUCUGAUGGCUAUAAGAAUCCCAACAGAAACCUACAGAUCCAGCUCAACACUGACGGGCCUAUUAAGUAUGUGGAGGUUCUGGGGGGAGACAUGAUGUCUCAGAGUCAGUCGUUUGGCUCCUAUCUGUCUCCAAUGUCGGAGUUCAGUGACUUAACAAUGGUCAAGCCCAGCAGUACGCUUGACUUUAAGGAUACAUUACGCGGACUUGAUGCAUCAUUGCCAGACAGCGCAUGGACCUUCGAGUGCCAGCAGGUAAUGUAUGAGUAG